AUGAUAAGUUUUCUUUUAGCUUCAGUUAAUUCAUACAGAAUAUGUCCAGAAAAAAUCCCAGCAAGAGAUGAUCUUUACUUCGAAAAGGAAAUUAAGGCAGAACACUGGGCAUAUUUCACUGUUAAACUUAAUGAAUCGCAAAUUGGUUUGCGCUGCAAUAUAACUACCACAGGAAAUGCUUCUUUUUAUGUUGGAAGCCAUAGAAAAUGCCCAUACAAGGAAGAGAAGCCUUUCUUCCGUGGCGGAAAUGUUAAAAAUCAUAUCUCAACGAUUUGGAAAAUUUCUAAACAAUCAUUCCCAUUUGGAAUUUAUGCAGAAGACGAAGCAAGUGUUGCUAUUACGUUUACACCAAUUUCUGUCAAUCUUCCAAAUUUGAAUUCAGCUCUUUUCAAAUACGGACCUUAUGUUCUUUUAGUUUUAGCCGUAUUAGGAUUCUUAUAUGAUAAGUUCCCAUGGAAGAGUCUUAUGUUUUGGAAGAGGAAAGAUAAAAGAAGAAGACACCAUAAGAGGAAUUAA